CUAGCAAGCCUAUCUCUCCACGCCACCUUUGCAGCCCGAAAAUAUUUUUUCGAGACGCGAGGGACUCCUGUCGGCUGCGCGAAACGCAUCGCUCGAGCCAGCACACCGGACACCCUCGCCUAAAAGCGCACGACGCCAGGCGCUGCUCCGCGCGUACGACGACGGCAAACAAAUGCUCCUCCAUCGCCGCGCUUCUCACUUAGCGCGCCGCUUCGUGCGCCACACCCAGAGCCACGGCCGCCCGUCCGCGCGCCGCGCGGAGGUGACGCGGCGGACGGGCGCGCUCGCCGUCAAGGUCGGCAUGGUCGGCGCCUGGGACGAUUCCGGGCGGCGCCACGCGCUGACCGCGCUGCACGUGGACAACUGCCGCGUCGUCCAGGUCAAGACGGAGGCCAAGGAGCGGUACACCGCGCUGCAGCUCGGCGCGGGCCUGAAGCGGGCCGCGCGGGCCACGGCCGCGGCGCGGGGCCACUUCUGCGAGGACGGGGCGGUGCCGCGCCUCCUGGCCGAGUUCCGCGUCUCGCCCGACGCGGUGCUGGAGCGGGGCUUCGCGAUCGGGGCGGACCACUUCGUCGAGGGGCAGAAGGUCGACGUCCAGGGCGUGACCAAGGGCAAGGGCUUCCAGGGCCCCAUGAAGCGCUGGAACUUCGGCGGCCAGCGCGCGUCGCACGGCGUCAGCAAGACGCACCGCGCGCACGGCUCCAUGGGCGGCUGCCAGGACCCGGGCCGCGUCAUGCGCGGCAAGAAGAUGGCGGGCCGCAUGGGCGGCCGGCGGCGGACGGCGCAGAACCUGGUGGUCCACGCGGUCGACGCGGACCGCGACUUGGUGUUCGUGCGCGGCGCCGUGCCGGGCCCGCGGGGCGCGUGGGUCCGCGUCAGCGACGCCGUCAAGGCCGUCGGGGUUGAUGAGCUUUUGGGCGGCGCGGUGCCGUUCCCGGCCUUCCGCCGCGGGGAGGAGGAGGCGGCGUAACUUGAA